AUGGAGGAGAGAACUGUCGUUACCAUCCCUGACCUAUUUAAGUGCUUCUUGACCCAAGAACCCAGAUAUAAUAAGGGGUACCAAGCUGCUAAACUGGAGUCGGAGCGAUGGCUUGCAAAAACAUGCGACUUCGCUCCUAGUAUGAGCGAAAAGGUCAGCGCCUGCGAUUUCUCGUUUUUCAUCUCCAUCGCCGCACCCGACGCGCCUCCAGACAGGCUGAAAACUUUAUGCGACUGGGGAAAUUGGGUCUUUCCAUUCGACGACUUAUUCGACUCAGGCGAGCUGAGGACCGACCUUUCAACAUCCGAGCAUGUUCUCGAUAGCCUCAUGGCCAACAUGAUGGGCAGUCCCUUCGUCGGAUACAAGCUCCCUAUCGUGAAGGCACAUGACGACAUUUACAAACGGUUCAAAAAAGGCUCCUCCUACGGUACCCAGAGACGAUUUGUUCGUGCUAUGCAGCACUACACGCUAGGUGUAGCGCACCACGUCGGGCACUUCACCACCAAUCACAUCCCGUCCCUAGAGGAGAUGCUAUCGACACGGCAGCUAUCGGUUGGCGUCGCGCCACUCUACCAUCUCGUUGAGUACGCGCAUGAGAUUGUGCUUCCAGAUGAGGUCUUUGAUCACCCCGUGAUUCAAACACUAGAGUGCCUCGGUGCUGACUUCGUUAUUCUAUCUAACGACAUACUCUCGUACCGCAAAGAAGAGGGCGAGGGGUGUCCUUUCAAUAUGACCGCUGCAUGCCGACUAGCCGGGUACUCAGCGCAAGAAGCUUUCGAUAUAUUGGGUUCCCUGCUCGAGCAGCGUUACAUUCAAUGGGAUCAAGCUAUCCAUAAUCUGCCCAGUUGGGGUGCAGAUAUCGAUGGUGAGGUCCGCCGGUACAUUGAUGGCAUUCAGAAUGUUGUGCAGGCCAACAUUAGUUGGAGCUUUCGUUCACAGCGAUACCUUGGCAAAAAUGCCCUUGAGGUGCGACGCACUCGUAAGAUCGAUGUUAUGACGACUCCUCCAUACUUGAGGAUUAUGGAUACCAGACCCUCAUUACUAAAGUCACGAUGCGUUCCAUCAACUAGUAAGUUCCACCAGCUAGGUAAUUAG